AGCACGAUGAGUAAAAGCUGUCUUAGUUUUAUGUUAUUUCAGAGUAUAUAGCUAUUAGAAAAUGUGCCAUAUUUGCAGACCGAAGUCACACGCUGUCCGAAUUAACUCUCAGAGUAGUUUUAAGGACUAAGGUUAUGUAAGCUAUAUUAGCUAGCUGGCUGGCUAACGUAAUACGUGAUUUAACAGGCACGAAGUAGCUGAAUUGCACACGUUUUGCAACCUUCUUGUGGUUUCAAAACAUGCCUUUCAACGUGACUUCUUUAAUUGAUCGAUUUGGUAAUUCUGAUUAAUGUAGUCAAGGAUGUUAAAACAUUUCUGGUUAAACUGAUCGUAAUUAGCCUACUUCCUUCACUGGCUGCACUUACUUGAACCCUUAGCCUACUUAAACCAAGUCAAUUACACGUACAGUAUAGUUUCAUAGCUAUUUAGCUGGACCGCUUUCCCAACCCACAAUGCCUGAGGGCCCAGAGCUGCACCUGGCCAGUCUGUUUGUGAACCGUGUGUGCAAAGGGGUUGUGUUCACAGGGGAUGUGGAGAAGUCUGAGGUAAGUAAAUGUCCUGAGGUUCCCUUUGCCUGUGAAGCCUACCACAUCAGUGCCAAGUCCCGUGGGAAGGAGGUGAUGCUCACACUCACACCCAUCAAGUGCGAAGGUGCUGCGGGCAGGGCCAAGGCUGGUUUGGUCCAACCCAUGAACGUGGUCUUCCGCUUUGGGAUGUCUGGGUACUUUCGUUUCACACCCGCAGAGGAGCUCCCCAAACACGCCCACCUGCGGUUCUACACCAAUGAGAAGCCACGCAGGGCCUUGAGCUUUGUGGAUGCCCGCAGGUUUGGCAGCUGGCAGCCUAAUGGGACCUGGCAACCAGACAGGGGUCCCUGCACCAUGUCUGAGUACCAGAGCUUUAGGGAUAACGUUCUGUCACAUCUGUCAGACCGGGCUUUUGAUAAGCCCAUCUGUGAAACUUUGCUCAACCAGAAGUACUUCAAUGGGAUCGGGAACUACCUACGAGCAGAGAUCCUGCAUAGGUUAGAUAUUCCACCCUUUGUAAAUGCAAGAAGUGUGCUUGAAAGGCUUCAGUCAAAGGAGUUAUCUGAACUGGACAAUAAGUCAGCUAGUGAGAAGAGAGAGGUGAAGUCCGAAGGACCAGAUCUACUCAGCUUGUGUCACACUGUGCCCCUGGAAGUCGUUCAGCUGGGAGGUAAAGUCUACGACCCUGAGAAAGCAGAUUACUCCUACUUUAAGGGCUGGGUGCAGUGUUAUUCCGUGGAUGGAAUGAAGUCAGUUAGAGACCACAAUGGCAGAACUAUAUGGUUCAAGGGAGACCCUGGCCCCUUGGCCCCAAAAGAUUCCAAAUCUCCCAAAGGAAAGAAAAGAAUUAAGAAAGAGGGAGGUGACUACACUGAGAAUAAAAAGUUGCCAAAAAAGAAACAGGCCCGAGUGACCAAAAAGGAUGUAAAACAGGAGAAGAGGGUGAAGAAGGAAAAGGAAACCCAGGAUGAAAUGCGGCCAAAAAGAGGCAGACAGAGGAAGCAGGAAGUGGUCCAAACGCAGACAGGUACACGGACACUGAGAAGGCGAGUUACCAGGAGAAGUGCCAGAGACAGCUAACGGGCUGAAAGAGACCAACUACUGCUAGCAGCAUUUUAAUACUGUUUGUACUUGAUACAGAUUGUACUGUGUACAAAUUUAAUGCUGUUUGUGACUAUUGUACCUUUGAAAAAGUUUGUAUAUAAAAAAAGCAAAAA